AUCCUCAUUCAUAGAAUACAAAGUCCCUCUUCUGCUUCUCCUCGCACAGAAUCAGCAAUCGAUGACGACCGGCUUGAGGAAAAACAGGAAGAAGCGCGGCCACGUGAGCGCGGGGCACGGCCGCAUCGGGAAGCAUCGCAAGCACCCUGGCGGUCGCGGAAACGCCGGCGGGAUGCACCACCACCGCAUCCUAUUCGACAAGUACCAUCCGGGGUAUUUCGGGAAAGUGGGGAUGCGCUAUUUCCACAAACUGCGCAACCAGUUCCACUGCCCCACCGUCAACGUCGACAAGCUCGUGUCUCUGAUCCCUCAGGAAAUCAGAGACAAGGCCUCCAAGGACAACGUGCCGUUGAUCGACGUCACGCAAUUCGGCUAUUUCAAGGUUCUCGGCAAGGGGAUGUUGCCGGAUAAUCUCCCUGUAGUCGUCAAGGCCAAGCUCAUCUCCAAAACGGCGGAGAAGAAGAUCAAGGAAGCCGGCGGCGCGGUGCUUCUCACUGCUUAAGGUUAUUGAUUCUAUUUCUGUUUUAUUGUUUCACUCUUUGAAAUGUUGGAAUUCAGUGGUUUAUGAUCGAGUUUUGGAAUUUUAGGGUUUUUGCAAUGGAUGUUUGAAUUGGUUUUCGUAAUGUUCUUCUUUAGUUUA